AAAAUAUAGAUGAAGAAGAGUUAGGAGCAUGAUUCCGGAGAAGAAGAAGUAGGAAGUGUUGUCCAAUUGUUGCCAUUUAAUUAACGACGACUCCCUGACUGUUGGCCUCUUUAAUACCAGGAAAGUCACCAUGAACCUGGAACGACUGCCCAAUGAGGAGAAACUUAGCUUGUGCCGAAAAUAUUAUUUAGGUGGCUUUGCAUUUCUACCAUUCCUGUGGCUCGUCAACGUUGUGUGGUUUUUUCGGGAGGCUUUUGUAAAGCCAGCCUACACUGAACAACUCCAGAUAAAAGCCUAUGUGAAGCGUUCAGCACUGGGGUUGCUGCUAUGGGUAGCAGUGCUCACCACAUGGAUAACAAUUUUCCAGCACUUCCGAGCAGAAUGGGGGGAGGUGGGAGAUUACCUCUCCUUCACAAUCCCACUUGGCAUUCCUUGAGACAUUUUUUGAUGAAAAGUCUUGAAACUAACUAAUGAUUCUUUAUAAUGGGCCAAAAAAUAUUUCUUGAAUUGUUGAUGAAGAUUUUGAUGGCUCUUUUGGUCUCUGGAGCUAAAUUCAAUGGCUGAAUAACGCAUUAACAGAGUUGUCCCUUAUGUCUAUAAAAGAUCAAUGCUGUAGGACUAGAAAAUACUUUUUUUUUAUGUUUCUUCUCAAGAAGGUAUUUGAGAAAGUUAUUUGGUCUUAGUGUAGGCUAAUUAAUCUUGUGUAGCAGAUCAUGUUAACUGUCAUGUACAGUAUCUAACAGUAACUAAUGACAAAGCUGGUGCAGGUGAGAGGUUUGUUUAAAACAUUGAACUAAAGAUACAGCAAACAGUUUUUUUCCCUUUUGAUUUUAAAGUGUUGUAAAUGAUACUGCUUUUCUUAAACUGUUCAUUGUGGUCUUUGUGUGACUGUACACCCCACACUUUUUACUAUGAAUGACAAAUAAAAUAAAAAAUGC